UGGAGACUCAGCUCAGCUCCAACUUGCUCUGGAUUUAUCUACUCGGCAGACUUUGGAUAUAGCAUCACAUCUCCAGACACAGAUUAUAUUUCCUUCUGCAGUUUCAGGAAAACUCCAUUGUGUCCUUUCCUGGGUUUGUGGAAGGAGUGGUGAGAAACAAAGAAAAAAAAAAACUUAAGUGUGUGUGAGUGUCUCGUUUAAGUGAAUGAAGAUUGUGUUUGCAUGUGUGUGUGUGUGUGUGUGUUGAUCCACUGUAGCAGCAUGUUGCCACCUGUGAAGAAGGACAGAAUCAUUACACAGCUACCAAAGUGUUUUAGUCCAAAUGCAGCGCUGCACACCAAAGAUGGCUUCCACCCACAGGUGAAGGCCGCCUGUCAGGUACAAAAGACUGGCACAGUAAGCUUUAAUAUCGCCAAGGUGAUUGUAGUGGGAGAUGUUGCAGUUGGGAAAACGUGCUUGAUCAGCAGGUUCUGUAAAGGCGCAUUUGAUAAGAACUACAAAGCGACCAUAGGGGUGGAUUUUGAGAUGGAGCGUUUCGAGGUGCUCGGUGUUCCCUUCAGUUUACAGCUGUGGGACACAGCAGGUCAGGAGCGGUUCAAGUGCAUCGCUUCCACCUAUUACAGAGGAGCACAAGCCAUUAUAGUGGUGUUUGACUUAAGCAGUGUGGGCUCACUAGCACAUGCCAGGCAGUGGCUAGAGGAUGCUAUGAAGGAAAAUGACCCAUCCAGUGUUUUACUGUUCCUUGUCGGUACCAAGAAGGACCUCAGUUCUCCUGAUCAGUUGGCUCAGAUUGAGCGGGAAGCCAUCAGACUCUCUGAGGAAAUCAAAGCAGAGUACUGGGCUGUAUCUGCAAAGUCAGGAGACGGCAUCAGGGAUUUCUUCUUCCGUGUGGCCUCUCUGACUUUUGAGGCCAACGUUUUGUCUGAGCUCGAGAAAAGUGGAUCGAGGCACGUCGGUGACAUUAUCAGGAUCACAGACAGCACAGAAGCAGAUCAUGCGCCAACCAAGAGGAAAUCCAACUGCUGCUGAUGAGAGCUGAGAGAGUGAAACUGUACCGUCUCCACAGCAACACAACACAACACAACACAACACAACACAACACAACACAACACAACACAACACAACACAACACAACACAACACAACACGCUGAACAGGAAGAUUAAACUGAAAUAUGGACUCAGCAUGCUCAGUGUAAACAUCAUGAAUAAAGCACAUAAAAAAAAAAUCAUUGUCCUAUGAGCUAAAUGAUGUAUUUGUGACGCUCUGCAGAUGGCCUGAGAGGGAAUCAGCGUGAAUUUAAGUCGUAGUUUUUGACAUGAUGAAAUGUGAGCUGAGGCUGUAAACAACAAGAUGUCAGUCAGCAGUGAUCAAAGUGGUGUCCUCUCAGGAAUGUUCGUUCAGCUGCAACAAAUA